AUCACUUUAUAAACCUCUCUGCACCACCAAAAAUCAGCAGACUGAAGGGAAAGGAGGUUUAUGAUGCAAGAGGACAGCUAUCCACUGAGGCUGAGGUCUUCUGCAUCAUCUGCAACAAGGAAAAGAGCAUGUCCUCAGCUGUCGUCUCCAGCCACUUUGGGCCUAAAGAGACUUCACUGGAUUGGAACACUCAGGUGAGGGCUGACCAUGUGAUGACUGCUGUCCAGUGGAUCAAUGAACCUCUGAACAACCUCCUGAAGGGCCUAAACCCCCGUGACCAAUCAGAAGUCGAUCAUAUACUCAGUGACGUCACUACUCAGGAGGAAUGCCCCGUUCCUGCAGAUCGGUUAUAAAGGGCGUGGAGCUCC